AUGGCCGAUGCGGAGGAGCGCUUUUUGGACGCCGUGCAGCAGGCCUACGACAACAAGGCCCUUACGCUUUACUUCAGCUACCAGGAUGACUUUGUCGCCAUCCCGGCGGCCAUAAAGGCGCUUCGUGAGACGCUCGAGGUGCUGCAUGUGGACAACAGCUACUCCCUCACCACGCUGCCUCCCGCGAUAGGCGACCUCGGCCGGCUCCGCUGGCUCAAUGCGAGCUACUGCCGGCUGGUGUCGCUCCCGCUGGAGCUUGGGCGCCUCUCGCACCUGGAGCGCCUGUACCUGAGCAACAACCUGCUGCAGUCGGUGCCGAUGGAGCUGUGGCAGCUGAAGAGCCUUCAGGAGUUGCGCCUGGAGAACAACAAGCUCAGCGUGCUUCCCGGCGGCAUUCUCUUCCUGCCGCGACUGGAGAGCUUGACGCUGGAGAACAACCCGCUGCUGCAGCCAGAGGAUGUCGCGGGUGCGGCCCCGUCGACGCUUGUCUCGCCGUUCAGGUCCGUCGACUGCUCCAACUGCUGCGUGCGGAUGCGGGACUAUGAGGUGCUGAUCACGUUUCACAGCAUCGCCGCACUGCGUUCGGUUCCCUUCAUGCACUGCCUUUGCUCAGCGGCGUGCAGGCAGCACCUGGAGGCGCGUUUAGCGGAGUACGACGCGUCACACUCCCCUCCGGAAGCAACGUCCUCGUCGGCGUAA